AUGCUUAUUAGAGGAGAGAACAGCGAGGCCGUGGGCCCGCGGAGACACCAAACCCACCAAAUAAACCAGAAAAAAAAACAGCAGCAGCAGCAGCAGCAGCAGCAGGAGCAGCAGCAGCAGCAGCAGGAGCAGCAGCAGCAGGAGCAGCAUACCUGCUUAGAACAGAUGCGGCAGCGGCAACUGCUGCAGCACGCAAAACUAAGACGUAGCAGCAGCAGCAGCAACAGCAGCAGCAGCAACAGCAGCAGUAGCAGCAACAGCAGCACCACCACCAUCACCAUCAUCAGCAACAGCAGCAAAACCAACAACAACAGCAGCAGCAGCAGCACCAACAACAACAACAACAGCAGCAGCAGCAGCAGCAGCAGCAGCAGCAGCAGCAGCACAUACAUCUUGUAG